AUGCCUGCGUUCAUAUGCUGCGUCGAGUUCUGCGCGACUCCAACCGGUUGCAAGGGAAUGGCCUGCACCAGACUGCUUUACAGUGUAAUUUUUCAAUUCAAUAGUACCGCCAAAUAUAGAGGCAGUGAGCAGAGACGCCCAAACAAAGUAAGCGAAGAAAACCAUUUCUCAACGCAACUCAUUGUGCUCGCAUGGCAAACGGAAACUAAAGCAAACUUGGAAAUCGUCACUUUCACCUCUUAUGUCGGCCUUCUCGUCAGGUCCUACUUCGUGCGCGCUUUUCUUCUCUUGCACAGAUGCUCUCAACCAGCAAUUAACAUGGCCAGUAGCCCGUCUGCAAAAGAAACGGAUGGGCCUGAAAAGACAAUUUCUCAGGUCGACGAGGAUUCUGACUAUGUUUUGAAAAUAGGCUGGAAGGCCCUGUUCAGCUUCACCACUCAUAAGCAUGUCCCAGUCCUGCUGGGCGCGCUGUUGGGCGCCUUCAUCGCGGCCCUUACGAUGCCGAUAUUCGCAAUCGUUUACGGGCUCAUCUUCGGAAAAUACACAGAGUAUGGUGCUGGACAAAUAAGUGGCAGCGAGAUGAUGAGUAGCAUCACAAAAUACUGCAUCAUCCUUACCGGCCUGGCGACGCUGAACUGGAUCGCUAACAGCUUCUACUUCUUCUUCUUUCUCACAUUCGGCGAGAUGCAGGCCAGGAGUGCUCGCAACAGGAUUUUUGAGGCGCUCAUUGAAAAAGACAUGGCAUGGUAUGACACGAGAGAGGCUGGUGUGGCGGCAUUCCUGCCCGCCAUCCAGAUGCACAUUCGCGAUCUCCAGUUAUCUGUUUCGGCGCCUUUUGGUGAGGGCAUACAAUGUCUUGUUCAGAGCCUUGCGGCUUUAGGCGUGGCCUUCUACUACUCCUGGAACCUCACACUGAUCAUCAUGUGUACCAUACCAUUGGUCUACCUCUUUCAAGUGUUUAUCGGUAAUCGACUUUCGGGUAGAGUACACGAACAAGCUGAGCAGCUUCAGCACGCACUCAAAUAUUUGACGAACGCGAUCCAGAGCAUUGAGACUGUCAAAUGCUUUAACGGUGAAGCUUAUGAGCUCAAGAUCUUCACGAAGAUUGCAUCGCUUGCGGCCAGCCUCUAUUAUCGCGUGGCAAACUACCGCUCUUUACAAAUUGGUCUUAUGCAAUUCUUCACACUUAGUGUAUUCGUGCAGGGCUUCUGGUAUGGCAGUCAUCUUGUCGAGAAGGGCGACAGCACUGCGGCCAAAGUUCUCACAACAUUUUGGGCGGCUCUGAUGGCUAUCGAAGGCAUAACAGGAUUCCUACCCCAAUUUAUCGUCAUGCAGAAGGGAAAAAUUGCAGGUGCUCGGCUCCGGCUGCUCAUGAAGCAGAUUUCAGUUGGGAAUCAGCGCCAGGAACUGCAGGGUCGAUUGAAGCCAGUGAAGUGUUUAGGUGACAUAGAGUUCCGUCAAGUCACUUUUUCAUAUCCUACACGAACAGAGGAAAUCGCCGUACGUGAUGUCUCACUAUUCUUCCCGGCCGGGGAAACUACCUUCGUCAUCGGUAAAAGUGGUUCGGGCAAAAGUACACUCGGACAGCUUCUCAUUCGAUUCUACCAGCCUUGCUCAGGUAGUGUACUUCUCGAUGGAGUCAAGCUCGAUGCUCUAGAUAUCCACUGGCUUCGAGAAAAGGUUACACUUGUCGAGCAACAUAGUGUCCUUUUCAACGACUCUAUCCGCACCAACAUCGCGUUGGGUAACCUAGGAAAGAUAAUCAAUCUGCAUGAGGUUCAUCAGGCGAUCAAAUUCGCCAUGCUGGAUUCCGUUGUCUGUGACCUUCCUGAGGGGCUAGACACUCACCUUGGAAUGAAGGGUAGUGCACUAAGCGGUGGCCAAAAACAAAGGAUGGCUCUGGCGCGUGCCAGAGUCCGUGACACUCCCGUGCUGAUCCUAGACGAAUCGACCAGCGCCCUCGACUACGUGACGAGAGCUUCUAUCCUCGAAGCUAUACGGAAAUGGCGCAAAGGCAAGACCACGAUAGUCAUCACUCACGACAUCACUCAAAUUGAGUCCGACGACUUUGUUUACUUAAUAGACAGCGCACAGGUGGUCCAGGAAGGGUAUCGCAAAGAUCUUGAAGCUCGACCAGGGGCGUUUCAAUCUUUUCUGGAGACCCACGAUGAGCGUGAAGGAGAAGAGGAGAUCGAGGAAGAUUUUAAUUCUGAAGAUGAGGAUUAUGUAGAUGACAUCAUGGGUCUUUACACGGAUUCAUGGGCUGCGGAGAUUUCACCUCCGACACGUCGACCUAUGUCUGCUUUUCUCUUUGGAGAGUCUCUGCUUCAACCAUUUCUUGGCCACAACCGCGAAUCUGAUAUUGAGAAUGGCAUGACUGGCUUGGAGAAGCGAGUCACACAAGUUGAGUCUGCUCAGAAUAGUCAUCCUCCAACCCGAGAUUCGAUGGCACAAUUCCCAACUGGUCUGAAGCCUCCUCCUGGUGUUCCUUCUUCUGCGCCAGGCGGUUUAAUGCCAAGGAGGCAUGGCUCACGGCCGGCCUCUGUGGGCUCUCAAAAUGCAUCUGUCAUGAGGCGGGUGUCAAUGAAUCGUCCCUGGACGGCCUCAGACGACUUGACUUCACGGCCCGUAUCUCGAUACUCUGCUUAUCCUCGUCCACUGACCAUCUAUGAAGCUCAUUCCAUCCGCCUUGACAAGCCGCCAAAACUGUACACCAAAAACCCAAAGACACUUUUAAAGAGCCACCUAGCCCGUCGUAAAGGGGCUACCCAAAAUUCAGUCGCAACUGAGUCUCUGUCUAUCAUGGAAAUAUUCCAAUCCGUGUGGCCAGCUCUAGAUUGGCGCCCCCGAAUUCUCCUCCUCGGUGCCUUCUUCUGUGCCGUCUUGCACGCAGCCGCCGUACCCCUCUUCUCUUGGGUCUUUGCCCAGCUUCUCUCCACCUUUUACGAGCCUGGGAAUACUACAAACACUGCAUUGAAAUGGGCGCUCGUCAUUCUUGGAAUUGCUUUCGUUGACGGUAUCGCGAGUUACCUCCUGUUCUUCCUCUCCGAUUCUGUCGCGCAGUCUUGGGCUCUAGCACUCAAGACUGAAGCCAUGAAACGUAUCCUCAUGCAACCGCGCGAAUUCUUCGAUAGAGAAGAAAACAGCAUAUCAAGGAUUGCAGAGACGUUGGACCACUUUGCAGAGGAAGCGAGGAAUCUUCCGGGCCGGUUUGCGUGUAUCUUUGCGGUCAUAUUCAUCAUGAUUGCUAUUUCUAUCAUCUGGAGUUUGGUGACGAGUUGGAAACUGGCCCUCGUUGCGUUGUCCAUGGCACCGAUACUCUACGGUAUCACACAAGGCUACAAUGCGAUUUCCAGCCGCUGGGAACGCUUCUCCUCAGACGCUGAUGAACGUGUCGGCGCGGUUCUGCACGAGACAUUUGUGAACAUUCGCACUGUUCGUUGUCUGGUUCUUGAAUCGCAUUUCAGGAAGAAGUACACAGAUGCUACGACUGCGGCAAUUAACAUCGGAAUCAAACGUGCGAUCUAUUCGGGAUCGGUCUUUGGCCUCAACUUCGCGGGGGUCAUCUUCGUAGCCAUACUAUUGUUCUGGUAUGGCGGGCUCCUCAUCAGCAGGGACGAGUACAGCGUAAAGAGCAUCAUUGAGACUUUUCUCGUACUCAUGCUCAGCGUCAACCAUGUUAAUUUCAUGGCCCAUUACAUGACACAAGUCAACAUGUCGCGUGACGCAGGCUCCCGACUUCUGCGUCUUGCCCGCCUCCCAACCACAUCCCACGAACUCAGCGGAACAACGAAAAUCAGCACCGCAGGCGACAUAUCCUUCCGCAAUGUAAACUUCACCUACCCGACGCGCAAAGACGUGCAAGUCCUACACAACGUAUCCUUUGACAUCACCCACGGAACCUGCACCGCUAUCGUCGGCUCCUCUGGCUCGGGAAAAUCCACAAUCGCUGCCCUCCUACUCAAACUCUACCAAGCCGACUCGACUAGUCUUCCCCCGCUAAACCACCAUUAUACUACCAUCGAUGCCCAGCAAUCCAGUCUUCUCAUCUCAAACAUCGAGAUCAAAACCCUAAACAUAACAUCCCUCCGUGCCAGAAUGGCAAUCGUUUCUCAAUCCCCAGUACUCUUCCCCGCCAGCAUCGCUGCAAACAUCACCUACGGGCUCUCGCCCUCGUCGCCUCUCACCAGUCUCGACAGUAUCCGUGCUGCGGCACAGGCAUCGGGCGUGGCAGAGUUCAUUGAAAGUUUACCACAGGGCUAUGACACUGUUAUUGGGGAUGGUGGGACGGGGCUGAGCGGGGGACAGGCGCAGCGAUUGGCGAUUGCGAGGGCUUUGGUGAGGAAGCCGGAUGUAUUGAUUUUGGAUGAGGCGACUAGUGCGUUGGAUGUUGCGAGUGCGGGGAUCGUGAGGGAUAGUAUAUUGGCACUUGUAAGGAAGGGAAAGGAUGGUGCUGCUGUGAACAAGGAUGGGGAGUUCUCGCCCAGGUCAAGGACGGGCGGGUUCUGGGGCGAUAAGGAAUGGGAGGUUGGGCGUGGGAUGGUAGGGAGUGAGAUGGAUGAGGCUAGGGGCCGGAAGAUGACGGUGAUUAUUAUCACGCAUGCUAGAGAGAUGAUGGCGAUUGCUGAGCAUAUUGUCAUGUUGGAUAAGGGGAGGGUGGUGGAGCAGGGGAGUUUCAAGGAGUUGAAGAGAAAGAAGGGAGGGGCUUUUGGACGGCUGUUGAGGGGGGAGGCGAAUGAGUUGUAG